AUGACGACAUUUCCGAAAUCGUUCCUGGCCGCCGUCGUCAAGCACCUGCUACGGGGCAAGUCUCUGAUACAGGCAAUUCUCGCAUUCUGGAUCACUCCCCAACCCGUGUCUGGUAAGCCGGCGAGAGCGACAACAGUACAGUGCUCACAGUCGCCGGCGGCGUCCCCCUUUCCGCGGAGGAUCGAUGAAUUCUUGAAGGAGGCCGAAAACCUGCUGCUAGGGCCCCUAGCCGGCGAUGGGUUGCUUGAGCUGUCCAACGCUCUAAAGGCCCAGUUCCGGGACAAGCUGCAGACCAGUAUGGCAUGUAUGUUGCCAUCUUACAAUCACCAGCUGCCUGGCGGCCACGAAGUCGGUCAGUAUUUGGCGUUAGAUGUGGGGGGAUCAACCCUGCGUGUUGCACUGGUGGAAUUGCGGGGCCGCGAUGCCAAGGGAAAGGAGAGUGAGAUAGUACGUCUAAGCUCUUUCGUGAUCGAUGCCGAUAUCAGGAACCUUGAGGGUAUGGCAUUCUUCAAUUGGAUGGCCGAUAGAGUAUUGGAAACAGUAUCCAAGGAUGGAGAGGACCCCUCACGACCUAUGCCGAUGGCUGUCUCCUGGAGUUUCCCCAUCGACCAAACAUCAUUAGGAGGUGGACGUAUUCACGGUAUGGGCAAAGGUUUUCUGGCUGCGGAUGGCCUGAUGGGCCAGGACCUCGGCGAGGUCAUCAAGACUGCCUGCACGGCCAAGGGUAUGAACGCCAUCCUCAGAGUUGUUGUCAAUGACGGCGGCGCCACGCUCCUUUCACAAGCAUACAUUCACCCUGCCACGCGCUUCGGCCUCAUCCUCGGUACCGGUGUUAACAUCGCCGCGCAUAUGCCCGUCUCCAUCAUUGGGAGGCCUAAAUUUGGCGAUCGUCCGCAGGAAUGGUGGAACGAGGCUCGCGACGUCAUUGUCAACACAGAAAUUGGCAUGUUUGGUCAGGAUAUUUUAAACGUAACCCGUUGGGAUAGGUUUUUGAAGCAGGGUCAUGCGAGGCCAGACUUCCAACCACUAGAACAAAUGGUCAGCGGGUAUUAUCUGGGUGAAAUGGUGAGGUUCGCACUCAUCGAUGCGAUCGAGACUACCGGUGUCUUUGGAGGUGUCGUGCCAAAGUCCCUUAACGAACCGUACUCUCUGAAAUCGGAGACGAUAUCCGCCGUGGAAGGUGAUGUAUCGCCCUCACUUACCUCAUCAAUCGACCUCUUUGUUUCCCGUCAUCCUUCAUCUCACACACCUACAUCGUCUGACAUGUCUGUCCUUCGCGAUCUGGCGUCAUUCGUCUCACGGCGGUCGGCCGCCAUUAUUGCCGCAUGCUUACACGCCAUCUGGGCGCUACGCCUCGAUGCGUUGAGCGAGGAAUCACCCGAGUACGCCGGACACGAACGGUUGGUGAAGGAGACCGGUCUGGUGCGAACCAUGGUCGCGUACAACGGCAGCGUUAUUGAGCAUUACCCUGGAUACCUGGGGAUGCUGCAGGGAUACGUGGAUGGGCUGGUCAACAGAAAGGACAGGAGUAUCGAUCUCGUCCCAGCAAAAGAGAGCUCAUUAUUAGGUGCAGGCGUGGCAUUGGCACGGGCCUGUGACACGGGCGUAUAA